GGCAGAGCGAGCGCAGCGGGCUCCCAGCGCUCGAGACGAGCGCCAUUCAUCUGACCGCGGGCACACCUGGUCGGACCGAGGAGCACGGCUUGGCCACCGCGAGCGGCACCACGCAGCGCCCGGGUUCAGCACUAAAGGAAUGCGGUGCCAUUAGGGACGGGAGCUGGGAGCUGACGGUUCGUAUCGACUUCAACUUUUAAGUUCAGUUUUCACCGACUUAGCGUGUGCGAGGAGGGGACUUGUCAAAAAAAAAAAGAAAGAAAAAAGGGGGGAUCAUGGCCACGGGCGGAUUUAAGUCGAACGCCACCACGGACUUUUUGGAGGAAUGGAAGGCAAAACGGGAGAAAAUGAGAGCCAAAAUGCUGGGGGACAUCGCCGCAGCGACCGGUGCUCCCAUGGGCUCCGGCGGCGCAAGCAGCACCGGCAGCAACAGCCGCCACGCCGCUCCGCCGGGCACCGAGCUCACCAACAACGGAAACCCGGACCGAAGCGCCUCCUCUGGGAACUGCCUCCCCUCCGCCUACUCGGUGGCUCGGUCCUCCUCCGGCACGGCUCUAAAGAGACCCGAGGAGGAAGCGCACCACCCUGCUCACCCUCCUGCGCCCGCUGCCACCCCGGCGAGCAACCUGAAGAAGGCCCCGCCUCAGACGGAGAAGGCUCAGUGCGCCUCGCCGGACUCCAGCCCCAUGGCGUGCAAUGACAGCGACAAGGAGAGUCCGUCACCCGGCAAGGGCAAGGAGAAGAAGAGCACCGGCCCCAGCGCCAGGAAGGGGAAAGGACAGAUAGAGAAGAGGAAGCUGAGGGAAAAGAGGAGAUCAACAGGUGUUGUCAGCAUACCCUCCAAUGAGACUGAUUACUCUCUUCUUCUGAAGGUAGAGAGCCUGGAUGAGCUGGACGAUGAUGACGCAGGGGAGAAGGACAGGAGGGAAGAGGAGGAGCUGGUUCAGGCCAACACUUUUCAGAAUGAGGCCAUGGCGGCUGACCCCGCCACUGGCCACUUAAUGGAUACACCGAGAUGCGGGAGCAGCCGGCACAAGAGCUCUGCAGGACCGGGAUCUGAGGAGGAGGUGGGUGGGAAUAGUAGGCAACGACACAACCGUCAUGGCAGAGAUGGAGGAGCUGCAGCACAGGGAAGUCUGGAGAAAAGGAUGGAGGAGCUGGAGAGGGAGCUGGCCAGAGAGCGUCAGGAGAACGCCAGGUUGCUGAAGGCCCACCAGGACAAAGACGACCUCAUCGGGAAGCUGAAGGAGGAAAUUGACUUGCUGAACAGAGACCUGGAUGACAUUGAAGAUGAGAAUGAGCAACUCAAACAGGAGAACAAGACUCUGCUGAAGGUGGUGGGUCAGCUGACGAGGUAGAACCGCUGUGUACGGCCCGGGCCAAACACAAACAACCCAGCCUCUGUGUUCUCUCCCUUCUCCCAACCUCCUGCCCCGGAUCAAGUCCACCAUCAUGGCCUUUUAUCUGUUUGAUUCUGUCUCUCUGUCUGUGAAACUGUAAAGUAGUCUUCCUCAGAGCCUCACAGUCUUAAAAUAUAUCCCCGAGGAGGAUUUCUUCAAUUAGUUGUGAAAGCUAAUAACUAGGGGCUAACGUUCUCCUGUCCUGACAGUCCUAUGGGAGUUGUCUGUCAUCGUAUACAUAUUUAAUGUAAAUGUAUUGUAUAUAGGCCAUUUCGAUCUGUUCAUUAUUUUGAUUUUUGAUAAGGUCUUAAAAGCAAAAGUCAAAUGAAUGUAUGUGCUGCAAAAACAAGCGCACACAAAGUCUUUUCAAACUUGUUUAGAGGCUAAAAAAGCAGUCUCAGUUUAGACUUUUCAAUAUCUGUGCACACAGCAGUCUCCCAGGUAAAUUGAAUAAGAUCUCCAGGGUUGCAGUGUUUGAAUUGUGUCUGAGGACAGUGCAGAGCUGCUGUCUAGUAACACUUAGACCAAAUUCAACAUAAUUACUGCUACAGUACCAUCAUCCAAAGUGGACAUAGCGCCUUGCAGUGCAUGUGAGAUUUUUUUUUUGUUAAUUCUUUAAAAAAAAAAAAGAAAAAGAAAAAAAUAGUUCAAGCCUGGUGCUUUUUUUAAUGAACCUUAGUGCCAGAUUUACCAUCUUCCAAUAAUUUCUGUGUACAUUUGAAUCCCACUGGGACAUCUACAAACCUGAAUGAAGAAAAUCAUAUUUGAAAUAUUUCAGAUUUAAAUGAUAAAGUUGGCACAAGCAAGACUUUAUAUCAGUAAUAUGCUUUACGCAUUUUAAUAUUAGCAUCUGAGUAUUAUACGUGUGAGGGAUGAAAUGUUUUAAGGUGAAACCCCUUGUCUAGUAUAUAUGUGGAUUCUUUUUUUAAAAAGCAUUUUGCUCUUGUUUACAAGUUAUGAUAGUUUAGCUGCUCUGUUUAUAGCAUCUAAGAUGUGUGGAGUGAGCUACAGUGCAUUUUUUUUGUAUGAUAACCAAAUGAACUGAAGGAACAUACUAUUUGAAAUGCAUCUCUUUUGUUUACUCAAGGGAACAGGUUUGGCUGGUAGAGGCAUUUUACUUUUCUGUAUUUAGAUCAUUUUAUUCCACCGAAGAGCUGUUCAGUGAGCUUCCGCACUCUGGCAAAUAAUCUAUAGGUUUUAAACAGUCCAUAGACAACUCUGCUUCCACAUAAACUCCCAUAUUUUGGGGGUACAGAGCAACCCCUCGCAGACAGAACAUCACAGACCCAACUGUCUUUCCAUUACAUUAUGCAUGUACAGAAGAUUAAGUCAUAUAAUAAAAGUUUGAUUAUUUCUCUCCUCA